UACCCUUCAAUACCAAUACCGUGCUCCACCAAAAACCCCUUAUUUUUCUCUCCUCCACAUAUUAUCGUCACAUCACAAUCAAUUAAACUUCAACCUUUGCUCUAAACCAGAUUAGUAUAUUCUUGGAAGAAAGAUAUUAGAAGAAGAAGCAAAAGAGUAGGAGAAGGAGAAGCUUAUGCUCACAUACAUUUAACUAACUAAAACUUCAUUAAUUCUCAUAUUUAUAUUUUGCCUACUCAGGUAGUUUUAAAACUUCUGCCUUCAAUUUCGGAGAGGUUACCAUUAUUUCCACAGCUUAUAUUUCCCCUCCCACCCCACCGCCAACCCCAACCCCACCAAAAUCUCUGAUGCCUCUCUCCUCUCACCAAGGCCGACGACUGCCAUUUCCUCCACCACCCACCAAAAUCUCUGGUGGGAUUCUUUGAUUUUUGAAUAGUUUUGGGGAGAAAAAUCUUAUUUUUCGGAUUAUGACAAAACAGAUAGUCCUCCGUGCACCUUCAUCACUUUCGGUGGACAGGCGGCGGCAGCCACUGUUAUCAGGCCAAGAUUCAUCGUCACGAGGUGGGGUUCGGAAGGCGGCGCGGUUCGCGGAGGUCGCCGGCGGAACGACGGCUGAAUGUGCAGCGGUUUGUUGCUGCUGCCCUUGCGGGCUGGUGAAUCUCCUCGUGCUAGCUGUGUAUAAGUUGCCGGCGGGACUUUGCCGGAAGGCACUGAGGAAGAAACGCCGACGUCGGCUGAUGAAGAAAGGGCUUUUGGUCCGCUCUGAAGACGCGGAGCUUUCAAUACACCCCAUCGGCACCACCCCGCUCGCGGUGGGUGAUGGCGGAAACAGCCUGGAAUCCGAUAAGGAUGUGGUGGCGCUGGAGAAGGAAAUGUGGAACAAGUUUUAUGGUGCUGGGUUUUGGAGAAGUCCCUCUCAACGGAGUGACAACAUGGAAACAAUGGUAAAUAAAAUGUAAAAACAAAUUAAAAAAGGAAGACCAAAAAAAAAGAUAAUGAAAUUCAAUGAAUAUUCGGCCUAUUUUCUGCUGGUGAAUCUUUUAGUUUUCUUGAAGAUGCUAUUUUACAGUGUUGGAUGGAUUACUUUAUAAAAUUAAGCCAGUGAAACGGAAAUGUUCUUCUUGCUUCUCUUUUGUCCUGAUUUAAUUUCCUUAUCUGAGUCUGUGCUGAAUAUGGAACAACAGGUUUCAUUAAUUCGGAGUUUGUUUUGUUCGUAAGGUAAAUGGUAUGUGGAAAGUUUAAUGGUUAAUGUCCUAUUUUAGAACUUUUAUAUGUAACGUUAUUUGCAGUUGUGAUUA